AUGACGAAGCGCGGCCGCACCAGCGGCGGCGAGGAGGAGGGCGAGCCCGUGGCGGUCGCUGCCGGCUUCGAGGCGCCCAUCUUUGGCGCGCGCACCGUCGGCCAGGUCACCACGCUCGCGCUCGAGGGCGAGGACGGACCUCUGGCGUCCCUCGAUCUGCGCGGCGUCGCAAGCGAUCACGCGGGCGGCUGGUACGUCGCGACUUGGCGCUCGGUGCUGCACGUCUCGUCGGCCGGGCGCGUGCGCACCGUGACAACCUGCGAAGGCGGCGGGUUCUUCGGCCUCGCCAUCAGCCCGGAUGACAGCGCGCUGCAGUUUCGGGAGAACGUUGAGUUUGUGAUGGAGGGCCUGGAGGUUGGGGGGCAGGGGGCGCGCAACCCCAGGGGGUCCAAUAUUCAGGUGGCCUACUCGCUCCCUCCCGAGGGGGGCAGCGGGUUUGGCGACCUGGUGUACGCCACGGUCCCUUUGGGCUCCGGGGGGACCAAGGUCCCCCGGGACUGGUUCCCAAAAGAGUUUUAG